CGGCGCGCAGUGCGCAGGCGCGGGGGUUAGCCGCCCCCUGGGGACCCUGGGGGGGGGGGCGUUGGUCCCUCAGAUCCGGAGAGUGGAGCGAGGGAGAAGGCGGGAGGUUGGGGAGACUUGCAGCUCGUCCCGCGCGCCGGGCUCUGAAGAGCGCUUGACUCCGCGUGGGCGCGGUCCGCCGGGGCGCAGAGAGACUGACCCUGGCCUCCGCGGGACAGAGAGGAGAGGAAAGAGAAGGGACAUCUGGUGCGUGAAAUGUCCUUCCUCCAGGACCCAAGUUUCUUCACCAUGGGAAUGUGGUCCAUCGGUGCAGGAGCCCUGGGGGCUGCAGCCGUGGCGCUGCUGCUGGCCAACACAGACAUGUUUCUGUCCAAGCCCCAGAAAGCAGCCCUGGAGUACCUGGAGGACAUAGACCUGAAAACCCUGGGCAAGGAACCAAGGACUUUCAAAGCAAAGGAGCUCUGGGAAAAGAAUGGAGCCGUGAUUAUGGCAGUACGGAGGCCGGGCUGCUUCCUCUGUCGAGAGGAAGCUGCAGACCUGUCUUCCCUGAAGCCCAAGUUGGAUGAGCUGGGCGUCCCCCUGUACGCAGUGGUGAAGGAGGACAUCAGGAGUGAGGUGAAGAACUUCCAGCCUUAUUUCAAAGGAGAGAUCUUCCUGGAUGAAAAGAAAAGGUUCUAUGGUCCACAAAAGCGGAAGAUGCUGUUUAUGGGAUUUGUCCGUCUGGGAGUGUGGUACAGCUUUUUCCGGGCUUGGAAUGGUGGCUUCUCUGGAAAUCUGGAAGGCGAAGGCGUCAUACUUGGGGGAGUCUUUGUGAUGGGAUCAGGAAAACAGGGCGUUCUUCUUGAGCACCGGGAAAAAGAAUUCGGAGACAAAGUAAACCUACCUUCUGUGCUGGAAGCUGCCAAGAAGAUCACAUCCCAGACCUCGGCCUCUGAGAAAAAAUGAUCCCGAGAAACCAGCCAGCUCAGGAUGCCUCUGGGCACUUGUGCUCCCUGGCUGGGCUGUGUUUCCACACGUGCCCCUCAGUAGUCGGAAGCCCACUGACACCGCACUCUCAGUAUGGUUAUUAACGUAUUUUAAUAUUACUGUAUCCUGUUGAGACCCAGUAAGGCAAAAUAGCCCCUAAAGAAGACUGACAGAGACCUAAGGAAUUAGCGAGGGUUCUUUAAGCUGAAACUUAGAAAGUACGAGGCUAGCUGUUGAUUGCUGUACCUCAUCACGAAAGGAUGUGACAUUUGAAUGCUGUUAUUUGAAAAGAUUUUUCAUUUUCAUGUUGUCAAAAAUCUGAGAGAAGUUGAUGAUUGGCUUGAAGAUUAGAGAACAUUAGGUUCCAGGCUUGUGCAUUUUCUAUUAAUGAUUUGUGGUAUGAUAACAGAGUGGUACUCUUAUAAAAGAACUGAUGUGUGAUGGGAUAGUUUGGUAAGGGUAAAUUACAAAGUGGAAUCUCUGGUUUCCUCGUCUUCCAUUCUAACCUCAGAGAUUUGUUCUAGACAAAAAUGAUCAUCUCUGGCUCUAAUAAAAUUAUGUAUCAGAAAUCAUCUGCAUAUACAAGUUUUUCCUGAGAAAGCCAAUAGUGAAAAUAUUUACCAAAGUGCUGAUUGAGAGUGAAAAAUCAGUAUUCCCCAUGGGUGUGGGGUAACGGGGAUGGGAGACUCCCUUAGUUCUAAUGAUCAGAGAGGCUUGAAAGUGACCAGAAAAAUUCAUCCCCUCAUUCAUGGUAGUGGUUUUGCCACUGGAUUCCCUUGGUAUUUAGAAUUAGUAGCUGCUUUUCCAUGGUUCUUUUGGCCUACUUUGGUAAAUCCAGGGCAGAACCAAAGUGUAAAGGGCGUAGUGUCAUAAAUCUGUUAUGUUGGAGUUUUACCAUGUGAAUAACUAUAAAGGCAGCAAGAGCCCUCUGUCCCAGCAGUGCCCUAAAGGUGCCAAAUUGGUCCAGCAAUAGGAAGGCAGAGGUGGGAGUCAGAGGAGCAGCGCACCCAGGAGGCAGCAGCCGGCGUUACCCUGGAAAGCGGGAGUGGAGAGUGAGGUGGAAGGAAAGCUGGGGAAGGGGAGCGUUGGUGAGGUGAGUGGUUCGUGGCUGAGCCAGGGCUGGGGCUGGCUUCAGCGAUGGUGGCUGCAUGGGGCCUGGCCGUUUGCAGUCUCUGAAGCAACACCCUCUGUACCCAUGUGGAGUUAGUAUAAUGACUCAUCCCCCAGGAGCUGUGAUCAGCUACCUACCGGGUAACAGGAGAGCUCAGAGCAGCGUUCCCUGGGGCCUAGAAGACACCUGAUGAUGCUGACACUGUUCUCUUGCAACUAAAGAGGAGUAGAGCCCGAGAGCACGUUGCACCGAUGGAUGCGUAAAUAGAAACCUUGCUGUUCUCGCGUUCACCAACCUGUUUCUCUUGGGUCUUCGCAUGCAAUGGUGCUCUUUUCUCUCCUGUUAUCAUCCCGUUAUUGACACAGCAAUGACUGUCACGAGGUGGGUUUAACUUCCACUUUAACCAUAGCUUUCCUCAUUGGUAAGAUGGGAAGAGUGACUCCUGCCUGCAUUCCUGGCUGUUUAUUAGAAGUCUGAUGAUGGGGGCCGGCGCCGUGGCUCACUUGGCUAAUCCUCCGCCUGUGGCGCUGGUUCUAGUCCCGGCUGCUCCACUUCCAGUCCAGCUCUCUGCUGUGACCUGGGAAGGCAGUGGAGGAUGGCCCAAGUGCUUGGGCCCCUGCACCCACAUGGGAGACCAGGAGAAGCACCUGGCUCCUGGUGGCUUCGAAUUGGCGCAGCUCCGGCCGUAGUGGCCGUUUAGGGGGUGAACCAAUGGAGGGAAGACCUUUCUCUCUGUCUCUCUCACUGUCUAACUCAACCUGUCAAAUAAGUAAAAAAAAAAAAAAAAAAAAA